CUGAUCAAAAAAUGGCAUAAAACUUUUUUCUAGCUCAUGAAAUUCCCCACAAAAAUGUCUCAUAACAUUUUCCCCUGAACCCCAUCCCUCCAGAAUUAUUAAUGAAAGAAACAAUUUCCAAAUUCCCUUGAACUAAAAAACCACCAAAAUUUCACGUCCACUAUUUCUCAAAUAUCUCCAAAACCAUUGACUUAAUCAAAAAAUGUCAUACAAACUUUUUUCUAGCUUACGAAAUUCCCCACAAAAAUCUUUCCCAACAUUUCCCCCUAAACCCCUUCACUCCGGAGUUAUUCCCAAAAAAUCAAAUCAACUUCUCAUUCUCCACUUCCCACCGAAGUGAACUACUCACCGCUCUGAAAAUCAUGUGCAGCGGCAUCGGAAUAUUGAAAUCGAAGGCGUAGUUAUUGCACACACUAGCCAAGAAGAACAUGAAGACCAUGAUCAUGUAGUCCUUGACCCCAAUCCUCGGUUUGACAGUUCCAAAUUUCGAUGUGAAUAUGAAUCCCUCGAGGGAGAUGAGGAGAAACUGCGCGAAGGUGAUGAGAUUUCCGCUGCCCGGGUCUUCCCUGAAUAAAGCCACCAAAAAUCACAGCAGAAAAUACAAUUUAACGAGUGAGAAAAUGUCCCCAGACCCCAUCGCCUCCACCAAGCCCCAAAAACUCGAUUUUUUCACUUGAAAAAAAAAUUCUGAAACCCUCGCAUUACGUCACGUAGCCACCGACGGCUGGAUAAAUAACAAUAUUUACGUUCCCAUCACUCACUUGACCAAAAGUUCGAGAAAGACAACAUUGGAGCAGCAUCCGAGGAAGACACACGCGAUAGCGAGUGCCACUUUCAUCCUAACUAAAUAAAUAAGUCAGAAAAAAUUUUAAAAAUAAUGCUGAGUGACUCUGAAGCACUUGUGAAUAUUUGUGGUGGCGUCAGUGGUGCACAUAACCUCGGCGACUGGACUGAGGGGCCACGAGACACGUCGCGAAGCCGCUGAUAUGCCCCAGAAGGUCGUCUGCGUCGUCGGCUCUUAUUUGAGCGUUUGAAACUCCCGCGGCGGGCGGAGCUGCCAAUGGGAGGGGUCCCCCCACUGCUGAGAGCGUUGCCUCUGCGUCACCACUGUAAAUAGAACUCCAGUCCCGAUAUAUGAAGUGCUAAGAAAGACGCAGAGUCUCGUGUCUUCCUCUGCGCACUGCGGCUGUUCUCCUCUGAAUCCAGUGUUUCAAUUAAAAAACCUGGGUAAAUUCCGUCGUCAGUGCAGUCUGAGGGAUCGUCAGGUGCCAUUCUGUCAUCAAGAGCAUCACCAUGGCGUCAUCUCCGGUAUUAAAUCCCGAAAUUCCUUACGCGGGGGCAGUCGAGGGUGGUCUCACCCCUGGGAAAAUGGUGAAGAUCCAGGGGAAAACUCCCCCAAAUGCUGUUCGCUUCGCCAUUAACUACCAGUUGGGGCCGAAUUUAAAUCCACGCGAUGACAUUGCGAUUCACUUGUCGCCUCGCUUCACCGACGGCUUCAUCACUCGUAACCACAUUCAGUCGAUGUCCUGGGGGCCUGAGGAGAACGGUGGACCCCUCGUCAUCCAGCCUGGGGAGGAAUUCGAGGUGAUUCUGCUCUGUGAACCACUUCAGUACAAAAUCGCCAUCAAUGGGCGCCACUUCACCGAGUUUGGGCAUCGUCUGCCUUAUCAGAAGGUCACUCAUCUCGUCAUCGAUGGCGAUGUCGAAGUCACGAGUAUUUCGUACGAGAGCAUUGGAGCGCCUAGGUCACCGAGAAUGGCCACUGCUCCCGAUGUGCCUGCUGCUGAUUUUGGACCACCCGGUCCGGGGGGACUCUACCCCACCCUGAACCCUCAGCCUCCCUCAGCACCCCAAGGGGGCUAUGGUCCUGGCUCUGGAGGCUAUGGACCCCCUGGUGGCCCUGGAGGCUACGCCCCACCCAGCAAACCUUACGGUUAUCAACCUGGCUACGAGAAACCUGAAGAGGAGGAGGCCUUCGGUGGAUGUUUGGACAAAGUCGGUCUUGCUCUCGGGGGGCUUGUCGCUGCUGGAGGGGUUGCUGCUGCCAUGCAUGCUUACAACAAGAGAAAGGAACACGACAAAGAGACAGAGCACGAGAAAGUCGAGGGUUCGAAAACCGAGAGUGAGGGAGGAGGGCUGAACCUGGGAGCCCUAGGUACAGCCCUAGCCAGCAGUCUAGUCUCCAAUGCUCUGUCCGGUGACACCAGACAACAGCCUGGCUACCCAUCCCAGGGAGGGGGCGACAUGCUGGGGUCACUUCUCGGGGCACUCGGUGGUGGUGGCUCUCACCCUCCAAAUUACCCACCCCCACAGCAGCCUGACCCCCUGGGAGGCCUUGGAGGUCUUGGAUCGAUCCUGGGUGGUGUCCUUGGAGGUGGGGGAGGCCAUCAACAGCCAGCUUAUCAACCCAGUGGUGGAUACACACAGCCUGGUUAUAAUCAGAGUUCAGGUGGCUCUGACCUACUCAGUGGCAUUGGGGGCGCUCUCUUCAGCUCUGCACUCGAUAGUCUGAGCAAACGAAAUUCUCACGGGGAUGACCGUCAGUUCUCUCCGCAGCCACCGCCUCAGUAUUCUCAGAAUUAUGGGCCUCCGAGGAGUGAUCCACCACCUCCACCCAAACCAUCAAGCCCACCACCUCCCGGUGGGGGAAGAUUGAGUGCUGCUGAUAUUUCCAAGGGGUUGGGGCUCGGUGACGAUGAGGAUUAAAUUCCCCACAGCCACUUUUUUUUUUAAAUUCGAAUCUGAGGAAAUUUAUUUGAGAACUCGAGAUAAUUAAAGGCUCUGCGUAAUUUAUUCACAUUAUUUUGUGAAAUUUACAUUCACAAGUUGCAAAAUGAUUUGAAAAAAAUGAUUUUUUCUCUCUGUCAUUUAUUCGCUUCAUGAAGCAUCAGAUCUGAUUAUUUAUCAGUAAUUACUCAAAUAAUUAUCUCGAGAUAAUUAAAGAUUUUGCGUAAUUUACCAGAGAAUGAGACAAAAAAGUUGAUUAAUUUAAAUAUUUUUAAAUUCUUAGUCUUCAAUAGAAAUCUCAGGAAGAGAUAUGGCACAAAAAUUAGUAGUGAAAUGAUGAGGGAAAUUUUGCGACAGAAAAAAUAGAAAAUUCAUAUUAUGUGGGAGAAUUAAAGUCCUCACAGGAAAAAUUUUCUUGAAAUUCUUCCAUUCACAAAUGCAAAAUGAUUUGAAGAAAAAUUAUCUCUUCUCAGUUGUUAUUUAUUCGCUUCAGGAAGCAUCAGAUCUGAUUAUUUAUCAAUAAUUACUCAAGCAAUUAUCGCAUGAACUCGAGAUAAUUAAAGGCCGUGCAUAAUUUACCAGAGAAUAAAACAGAAAAGUUUGUUAUAUGAAAUAUUUUUAAAUACUUAGUCUUCAAUAGAAAUCUCAGGAAGAGAUCACGCACAAUUGCAAAAUGAUGUGAAAAAAAAAAUCUCUUCUCAUCUGUUAUUUAUUCGCUUCAUGAAGCAUCAGAUCUGAUUAUUUAUCAAUAAAUACCGAAAUAAUCGCUAAAUAUGCGCGAGAAUUCGUCGAACGAAGCAGCCGUUCGUCUCAGAGACCUUAAACUUAUAUUUUUAUAAAUAUUUUGUGGCCUUAAGAGAGCAUAACUCACUGAAAACCGUUGUUUCCUGACAUAGUUUAUUCAAAAUAAUUAUAUGCUGUAAAGAAGUCCGAGGAGAAAGUUGAAAAUAUGGCACAACGAGAGAAAUAAAUUGACAAUUACUUCGUGAAGGAUUAAUUGUUCUGAAAGAAAAAAA